AUGGAUGAUUCAACAAUUAACCCUUUAUUACUUACCUCGUCUGCUCAUCUGGAAAAUGUUGAACAGUUGAUAAGAAAUCUCGAAAAACAAACACUCGAUUUGGAUAAUUUCGAAGAUAUUUUAAGUAAUCGUAAUCGUCAAGAACUUAUCACAAAAUCUUUUACAGCUGUAUCGUCCACCGCGAUGGGCAUCGAUGAUGCACCGGAAGAUAAUUUCCUCCUGAAAAGUAUCUCCUUAACCAAUACAGGCGAGCUAUUAAACAAUGAAAAUUUAUCAAUGGAUAGUCUUUUUAAUCAACGUGAUAUUUUUGAAAAUGAUGAUGCGAAAAAACAGCAAACUCCACCAGUUGAACAAAGUUUAUUGAUGGAUCAAGACGGUGGUUUUACAUGGGAUGAUCAAUAUGAUACACGCGCUAACUAUCGAUUAACAUUUAGUACUGACAAAGCGCAACAUAUUGAUCCGAAACUGGGCAAAUCUCAUAAACAUAAACAUCACCAUCAUCACCAUCAACAUCGGCAUCGAUCAACCGAUUUUCAAACUGCUUCGAUGUUAUCGGAUGAUGGAAUACCUUCAAAUGUUGCCAAUAACAUGAAUGAUUGGUCAAUGCGUUCUUCACUAAAUGCCUUAGAGCAAUCGAUGGAACAAGAGGAUCAAAAACCGACACCAACAACUGGAAUUGCUCAUCAACAGACUGCAUUUAUUCGUUCCCAAUCGCAUCCAACAUCAUUUUCUCCUCAACAACAACUACCGACUAACACUGCGAGCAACACAUCACCUAAUUCUUCCACAACAUCAUCGUCAUCGUCCGCAUCUUGGAAACGCAUGAAAGAUAGUCAGCGAACAACAUCAGGCAUUGAAACGAAAGAAACUCGACCUCAGUCACCCUUGAGUUUGUAUAAAAUUUUCCAACAAAAAUCCCAAAGUACUGCGGCCACAUCCACAAAUACACCACGCAGUGCAUUUCAAUUCUAUCGACAGCAAAGUGACUCAGUUGUUCCCAAUGAUCCGGAUAAUAUGACCAUAUCAGGCGAAAGAAUGAUGCCAGAAAAGUCGAGAGCAUCUUAUCAACAAAAGCAAGUGCCACGUUUGGAUCGUCCAUCAUCAUCACAAGUUAAUUCUGGCACAGAUCAAGCUAUUCAAACAUCUAUCUUCUUGGAUUCUACAUCGAACAGUCAAAUGAACAGUCGUUUUCAACCAACACCAACUAUACCUCCUAAAUCCGAAUCAUACGAUUAUCUGUCAACAAACACUGAUUCACAAUCUUCAAAUCAUUUGAAUGUUCCUUCACGACCAUCACCAUUUCCUAAUUCAUCGUCAUCAAUACAUAAAUCUCUUCCUGAUCUUGCGUUUAUUUCUCAAUAUUCAAAAGAAUUACCUCGAUCACGCACGGCAUCUCCAUCACCAUUAUCUGCAAAUACACCAGUACCAUCUUCAUCAACUACGAAUCCAACGUACGCAUCAUCGUCUUCAACAGUUAGCCAACAAGAACCCGAAAGACCUCGAACACUUAAAGCAAUUAAACGAUAUAAGAACAGCAAACAUUCAACAGAGCCAUUAGGCGUUUUUUACAGUCCUCAAUUACGCAAAACAUUCGCUGCUGUACCAGCUUCCGCCGUCAUCAAUGGAUCGAGUGAGGCACCAACAGUAAUUAAAAUGAAAUUACCACCGCCUCAAUCCUAUCCGAUCAAGCAACAGCAAGCAUCAACUCUAAAAUCUUGUCUCAAACACGGAUCAAGAGCGAGUUCAUGUGAUAUUCAAGCUAUGUUACAAGACAGAAAAUCACCAGCACCAACAUUAGUUAUACCGGAACCAGCCAGUAAUCAAGAUUCAUCUCCAUCAUCAAAACGUCGCUCUUCCGAGGCUGAUAUGUUAUCCAAUCGUUCGAAUAAUCUCUGGCCAUCCGACACGGUUACAACCGGUUCAUCAAAUGAUUUGAAUCACUACGUUCUACCAGAUUACACCCAUGGACGCCGUUCAGAUCAUGAUUUGAUGUUACUACAACAGAAUCAAACGAAGAAAAGUGUUAGUUUUUCUGAAAACAUUGCUAAGCAUCUGAUGUCGCCAUGUAAUCCAGCAAUUAAAUUUGACCCUGCACCGGAAAUAUUCGUCGAUGACACUGAUACAGCUGUCAAUGAUGAACUAGCCAUGGCAUUACAUGGAGAUAAAGAUUCGUUGGCGAGAAGACCAACAGCACGCUACGGAGAAAUGCGUCGUUGUCAAACGGAUAUCAUUGUCGUCGAUCGCAUUCAUCACUUACAUUCGUUUACUGAAAGUCCUCCAAAUGAAUUCAACUUUCAAGAAACUGAUAGUCUUGCACCUGAUCCAGAGGAUGAAGAUGAUCAAACAAUCAUGGAGAGAACUCAUGUAAAUAUCAUACCUGAUACUAAUGAACCAACUCCUUCGACACCCGCCACUACUACAACUACCGUUGAUGAAGCCAAGUCAAUCGAUGGAGCGAUGACGGCAUCUAAUGAUAAAGAAAAUAAGACUCCUGAACAAUCAAUGAUAAUGAAUGCAUCAACAGUAACAUUAGUGCCAACAAAUGAUCCAACUCUGAAUGGUUUCAUCGAAAGAACGGUCCUGAUUGUCAAACGUGUAUUUGAAAUAAAACUAUCGGGAAAAUCAUUUUUUCUUGCAAAUGAAAGUAAUUCUGGAUUAGACAAAUUAUUAAAAGAUGACCUGUGCACACUUCUUCGAGAUAUUCUUGAACAUGGUCUGAAGCCACAAGCAAAAGAUGUUCCGUCAGCCAAACAGCUCAAUAUUUGGAAAAUAGUUGAAAUCAUUAUUGAUCAAGGAUCAUCGCUUCAAGUGUUUCAUGAAGUGAGAAAGAUCGCUCAAAAUGCGUCUCCCUAUUGGCUGUAUAAAUUUCAAGCAUUUAUCUUUUCGUUAUUAAACAAAAAUGAACUAAUCAAUUGGUUGUAUCAUUUUAUGAAACAAAAGGAAAUUCUCCAACGUUAUUAUCAACCUCGUGAAGCUCUCAUUCUCGUUGCGUCUGAAUCAACCUUCAAGCUGUUUGAUCGUAUUAUGGUUCAAUUAGAAAAACUUUCUCCACUAGCAUUUCGAUUAGUUUAUAAACCAGAUCCUAUCCCUCCUGAAGUUAAUGAACAAUUAAAUACAUCUAUAAUGACCAUGAGCUCAACAAAAAAUAGUGCACGAGAUUGGGUUAUGACAAUAUCAAGACGUGCUUCAAGAAAUUUUACUCAACCUAUUAUUCAGCCAACAUCACCAACAACAGCAGCAGCAGCAACAACAGCAACAACAAAUACUGCUACAAAUUCUCAAUCAAACGAUAAUUUUCGCUCAACCUUAUCACGCAAAAUCAAUUCGUUAUUCACAAAAACCAACACGGCACCAACACCGCAGCAACGAAAGACUUCUUCUGCAGUAACUGCAAAACUACCAUCGUCGAAACCACAAACCACUGGAACAGCAUCGCCAGCAACAGCUCGGCGACCACGUUUAUCCAAUGUAUUUGCUAAUGCAUCAGCUGCAGCAACUACAAACAAACCCGUCAUUGUCUCUGCUCCGAAAUCGACAAAUGGAGCUCGUACAGGUGCAAUGAGACGAGGUAUGUCACCAUCUGUAGUUAUCGCUCCAUCGCCACCGCCAACAGUGACUACGACUGGAACCACACCGUCCUCGACAACAACGGCUACAUUCCAAUCGAAAAUUCCACGUCCAUCUUUGAAUGUUGAUAAACCUAAAUCGGCCCGGUAUCGAUCUACGGCAGUUCCGCCCAAAUGA